UCGGUAGAUUUUUAAAGUUUUUUCUCAAAAUAAAUACUGCCACGAGACUCAGCAUGAUCGAUUACCUAUAAUUCACCCGUCUUCAAGGCUACGAAUAGUCACCGGGUGCCAGUCCUGGGACUCGUAGGAAAUCCGAUACAACACUCGAACAGUGGAAGAUCAAGGUCUUGCUUGACUCCCAUUUUGAAGAGGAUCCUCCGUGCUAUCAGCCCAUGAAAAAAAAUCAAUACAAUCCUAUUGGAAAACUUUUACACACGGCCUAGUUUUCCAAAGAUCCCCUAGAAAGCCUGUUUCAGAAAACUCUUCUGAAAAAAUUUUGGUUAUGAAAACAUGCCUUCAAGUUUCCUCUUUCGAAUGGUGAAAACCGCAGCUUUUUCUCUCUUUUCGUUCUUGAGUUAUUUAAAAAGUAGCCACGGCCAUUAUUUUAUUGGACAGAUAGUAGUUAGUCCACUAAAAUUUAUUCUUCAAGUUCUAUUCAUUAUUUUGUUCGUAAUCGUAAUUAAGGGUACCCCCCUCUUUUUUGAAGAAAAUUUGGAUUUUGAGCUAAGCAUAGUCUAAUGUAGAGGAAAGUCUGGGCUACAAAAUGAGACCACGCCCAGCAUUCCAUGACCUUUCUUCAAAAAGUUAUGAAUUUUUUAGGUCAUGAAGAUUGAAUAUACUAUUUAUGUACUUUUACAUAUAGUACAUGGGUUUUUAAGUAUUUACCAACAUCUCGGACGACUGUAGGCCUAUUUUUAUAAGAGAGCACAGCUGGUCAUGUUUGAAAAAACUCAUUUUCUUCCUUCGAAUGCAUUUAAAUGCAAAGCGAACGUGGUAUUCAUGAUCAGCAUCGAAUUCUGCGUCGAAUGAUGUAGUUUUUAUUAAAAUCUGAGAUAAACAAAUUUUUAGUGUUCCACAGGCGGGAUAGGGGCGAAACCUUUUUCGAAAAAAAUGAAAGUAAAAAUUCGGAAAACGAGAUCAGCUAUUUUGUUCAGAAUUCAAUGCUGAUUACGACCAUAUAGUUUUUUCAAAAUUAUUUAAGGCUGACUACAUCGAAAACCCUCCCACGUCCUUUGGUAUUUUUUUCGACUUGAACUUUUUCUUCUGCUAUUAUUUGCGUAAAACAGUGUAGCAGAAGUGAGAACUCAGUUUGCGUUUGGUACUUUCAGAUGUGCUCUUUCUCGUGGUCUGUAAAAAAGACUUUUUAGUGCAAAUGGUGUGCUUGAGAACGAAGUUUCAAAAACUGACAACCUCCCUGUUUCCGACAAUGUGCCCAAGUAAGAAACAGAAAAUGUGAUCGAAGUUUUGAUUUUGCAGUUAGGUAGAGAAGAGCAAUCAUUUCUGAUCAAACAAACCCGAUCGAAAAAUCUUCCGUUUUGAUGGAGUUAUCGAACUUUAACCCAAAGCAUCAUCUUAGGCAGAAUUUAAAAAAUUAAUGAAAAAAUACGUGACACCGGACAGAAAAAUUAUUAUUCCCCCAUGGGUUUUGAUGUGAAAUAAGUUUGAAAUGUAGCUAAAAAACAGAACGAAGUCAGGGCUACAAAAUGGCUAAUUCAGUCUUUCUUACUUUCAAAACGUUAACACAAGAAAUCGUUUUUGAGUUGACAAAGUGUUCAUUUUUUUCGCCUUUCGUAUAAUUUGUUUAGUUUUCUUGCUUGAAAUUCUGAAAUUACAGUUUGGGUAUGAUUUUGUAGAGAAUUUUACGGCACUUCUAUUAAACAAAAAAAAUCUCUGGAGACCCUGAGGAACAGGAGUUAGAGUAAAAAUACCGAGACCGACAUUAUUUAUGGUACACCCGUUAGUCUCAUGCCAAUUUCUUUGCAAUAUUUUAAAAUAGUAAAUGACGCAUACUCUUGAUCGGAAUUCUGUGGGCUUUCUUUUACAAUAGUUCAUAGAAUUUGUCAGAUGCGUCGCGCAUGAAUUGGUUCGACUACAAUAUAUAUAUAUAUAUGUAUUUAUCAUAUUCAUUUAUUCAUAUUUAGACUUACUGAUGUCAAAGAUACGGCAACAAUUGAUUUCAAUGGAGAAGUAUUGGACAUCAACGUUCAGAUGUUACAAGAGCUAGAUAAAUUGGGAGAAGGAUAUUUUGGAACAGUGUCCUUAGCUGAUGUUAUAGAUCAUCCUCAAGUUAGAAUGGCUAUUAAAAGAAUGGCGUUGCAAAAUACGGGAGAAAAUCAGUACACAGCGAUGACUGAUUUGAAAACAGUACGAGCAGUUGGCUCCGAAGGUUACCCUUAUAUUAUCAAAUUUUAUGCAGCAUUGAUAGACACGACCGAUAGUCAACUGAUCAUAUGUAUGGAAACGAUGGAUUCUUCCAUGGAUCGAUUUUAUUUAACAAUGCAUAGAAUCGAUCAAUUACAAUAUUUAGAUCAAGUAUUGAGACGAUUAGCUCAUAAUAUUGUUGGCGCUUUAAAUUAUCUUAAAUUAAAAAAUAUCAUUCAUCGUAAUAUUAAACCACAAAAUAUUUUAGUUAAUAAACUUUCUAUUUAUAAACUAUGUGAUUCUGGCAUAUCUGGUCAACUACAAAAUUUUCCACCAAUAAUCAAUUUUAAUCCAAUACAGUAUCUGUCGUUUGAAAUCGCAAUGGGAAGUCAACCGUUUGCCAAUGAUAGAAUGUUUGAAUUUUAUGAAAAAAUUCAAAAAUGGCAACCACAAAUUCCUCAACAAACUGUCGGACCAGAUAUUAGAGAAUUCAUUUCACUACUAUUGAAACAAGAUUUGCGUCAACGUCCCGGAUCUUACAAAGAUAUUCUUGAUAUGCCUGUGAUAUCCUCUGUUCCCGUACAACCUUCCAAUGAUGAAAUUCAAUUUGUCAUCAAGAUUAUCGAAAAUUUACCACAAGUAGCAUAG